UGGCGAAAAAGGAAAACAGAACAAGUCGAGAAGAGUCACGCUCAAGCACCGCCAUACGCCACCAGCACAUAAAUACGGAAAAGGCUGCGUGUGGGUGUGUGUCGAAGUGAACCCAAAAACCCAACCGAGACUUUGGCUUGAAAGAAAGAGCGAAUCUCUUUCUCUGAAGUCCGAAGAAUAGAACCAAAGGAGAGAAAGAAAAGAAAAAAGCAGCAGUUGAAGUUAAGAAUGGAGGACAGUGUUGGCAACAACGGCGUGACUGCCAACAAUGUCGCCCAAGCUAUACACACCGCGCUUGAUUGGGCCUCUACUCCCGAUGCUCGCCUAAACGCCGUCGCUUUUCUCGAUUCCAUCAAGAGAGGUGAUGUACGGGCAUUAGCAAACACAUCAUUCCUUUUGGUGAAAAAAAACUGGUCGUCUGAAAUUCGGUUACAUGCCUAUAAAAUGCUGCAGCAUUUAGUGCGCUUACGUUGGGAGGAAUUGAGCCCUGCAGAACACAAGAAUUUUGCAAAUCUUUCCCUUGAGUUGAUGUCAGAGAUUGCGGAUCCUUGCGAAAAUUGGGCUCUCAAAAGCCAGACAGCUGCCCUUGUUGCUGAGGUUGUUAGAAGAGAGGAUAUUAGUUUGUGGCAAGAAAUGCUUCCAUCUUUGAUCUCUCUAUCCAACAAGGGUCCAAUAGAAGCUGAGUUGGUUGCAAUGAUGCUGCGGUGGCUUCCUGAAGACAUUACUGUUCACAAUGAAGAUUUAGAAGGUGAUCGGCGUAGGCUACUUUUGCGGGGGCUAACUCAAUCGUUGAGUGAAAUUUUUCCACUAUUAUACAAUUUACUAGAAAGACACUUUACAGCUGCAAUGAAUGAAGCUGGUAGAAAUCAGAUGGAUAUUGCCAAACAGCAUGCUGCCACUGUAACAGCUACUCUAAAUGCAGUGAAUGCGUAUGCUGAAUGGGCUCCAUUGUCAGAUUUAGCUGAGCACGGCAUUAUUCAUGGUUGUGGUGUACUACUAUCUGCUCCAGAUUUUCGUCUUCAUGCUUCGGAGUUCUUCAAACUUGUCUCUCCAAGGAGGAGGCCUAUUGAAACAUCUAUCCCUAAAUUUGACCAAGCCAUGAAUAACAUCUUUCAAACGUUGAUGAAUGUAUCUAGAGAAUUUUUGUAUAGAUCCGGUUCAAGCCCUGGGUCUAUAGAUGAGGGUGAAUACGAAUUUGCUGAAUAUAUAUGUGAAAGUAUGGUGUCACUGGGAUCUUUUAACUUGCAAAGUAUUGCUGGUGAUAGCAGCUUACUUCCACUUUACCUAGAACAGAUGCUGGGAUUUUUCCAACAUUUCAAGUUUGCUAUUCAUUUUCAAUCCCUGCAAUUUUGGCUGGUACUAAUGAGGGAUUUGAUGUCAAAGCCAAAAAAUUCCACACAUUCAGCUGCUGACAGUUCAGCUGUUAGUAGCACAGGUUCUGGAGAAGUUGAAAAUGCAAAGAAGAAGACUCUAAGCUUUGUGAGUGAUGACUUUUGUGGUGCAAUUUUGGAUACAUCUUUCCCUCGCAUGCUCAAGAGAGAGAAAAUUCUGCCUGAGACUGCCAUUACUUUAGGGGUAUUGGAGUUGUGGAGCGAAGAUUUUGAGUGCAAGGGAACAUUCAGCCUUUAUCGAUCUAGAUUGUUGGAGUUAAUUAGGUUUGUUUCUUCUUACAAACCCCUUAUAGCUGCUACUAAAGUAUCUGAAAAGAUUGAUACAGUCAUUAAAGGUUUCUUGCUCUCUCCAGCACCGACUCAGGACUUAGCUGUGAUGGAAAGCAUGCAGUUGGCUAUAGAGGGUGUUGUAAAUGCAGUUUUUGAUGGAUCCAAUGACUUCACCAAGACAAAUGCUGAAGUCCAGUUUGCAUUAUGUAGAACGUUUGAAGGUAUACUUCAACGCUUAAUUUCCUUAAAGUGGACGGAGCCUGCACUUGUUGAAGUACUUGUUCACUAUUUGGAUGCUAUGGGCCCCUUUCUGAAAUAUUUCCCUGAUGCAGUUGGCAGUGUUAUUAGUAAAUUAUUUGAACUUCUAACGUCUCUGCCAACCAUAAUCAAGGAUACAUCAGUGCAUAGUGCACGCCAUGCAAGGCUGCAGAUCUGUACAUCAUUUAUUCGGAUAGCAAAAGCUGCCGACAAAAGCAUUUUACCUCAUAUGAAGGGCAUUGCUGAUACAAUGGCAUGUUUGCAAAGGGACGGUUGUUUGCUACAGAGUGAGCAUAAUCUUUUAGGCGAAGCUUUUCUUGUUAUGGCUUCUUCUUCUGGAAUUGAACAGCAACAAGAAGUUUUAAAAUGGCUUCUAGAACCUUUGAGCCAUCAGUGGACACAAUCUGAGUGGCAGGAAAAAUAUCUGUCAGGUCCACAAGGUUUGGUUCAGUUGUGCUCUGAAGGACCUGUAAUGUGGUCAAUUUUUCAUACCUUGACAUUCUUUGAAAGGGCACUUAAGAGGAGUGGGUUGAAGAAAGGCAAUUGGAAUUCAGAAAACAGCGCAACACCAAAUUCAACUCCAUUAAAUCCAAUGGCCUCUCACAUAUCAUGGAUGGUGUCUCCUCUCUUGAAACUACUUCGUUGUAUACAUUCCCUUUGGUCUCCAUCCAUAAGUCAAGCUUUACCUGGAGAGGUAAGAGCUGCUAUGGUCAUGAUUGAUUUUGAGAGGGCAGGUCUUCUUGGAGAAGGGAACUCCAAAUUGCCAAAGGGUUCUUUGACUGUCACAGAUGGAUCUAAGGUCGACAUUAAUAAAGAAGGAUAUGCUGAACCAAAUGGAUCAGAUAUACGGAACUGGUUUAAAGGCAUUAGAGACAGUGGAUAUAACGUAUUGGGCUUGUCAACAACCAUUGGCGAUUCAUUUUUCAAAUAUUUGGAUGUGCACUCUGUUUCUGUUGCGCUGAUGGAGAAUAUACCGUCAAUGGAGUUCAGGCAUAUUCGACAGCUUGUUCAUUCCACUUUGAUUCCUUUGGUUAAAAACUGUCCUUUGGAUAUGUGGGAGAUUUGGCUGGAGAAGAUUCUACACCCAUUGUUUAUCCAUGCUCAGCAAGCCCUUAGCUGUUCAUGGUCUAGUCUUCUACAAGAUGGUAGAGCAAAGGUUCCAGAUGUUCUUAGCGUUCUUAGUGGAUCAGACUUGAAAGUGGAAGUGAUGGAGGAAACGAUUUUGAGGGAUCUAACGCGUGAGAUUUGUUCACUCCUCUCUGUCAUUGCUUCUCCUCCCCUUAAUAAUGGAAUUCCUUCUUUGGAACAGUCUGGGCAUGUUAGUCGAUUAGACACUCUGAAAAGCUUGGACUCAGUUGCAUCUUGCUCUAUGGUUGGUUUCCUUCUAAAGCAUGAAGGUCUGGCCAUUCCAACAUUACGGCUAUGUUUAGAAGCUUUUACAUGGACGGAUGGUGAAUCUGUGACUAAAAUUUCUUCGUAUUGCUCUGUGUUGGUAGUUCUUGCGAUAGUAACAAAUCAUGCAGAACUCGUAGAAUAUGUUUCUAGAGAUCUUUUUACAUCCCUUAUUCAAGGUUUAACCCUUGAAUCAAAUGCAAUAACCAGUGCUGAUCUAGUUGCCAUUUGUCGUGAAAUAUUUGUAUAUCUUUGUGAUCGACACCCAGCACCCAGGCAGGUUUUGUUGUCUCUCCCCAAUAUCACUCCUCACGAUUUAGUUGCCUUUGAGGAAUCUUUAAAGAAAACAUCCAGUCCAAAGGAACAAAAGCAGCAUAUGAGAAGCUUACUUCAAUUAGCAACCGGCAACAAAUUGAAAGCACUUGCUGCACAGAAAAGUGUAAAUAUCAUUACAAACGUUUCAAUGAGACAGCGCAGCUCAGUCAAUGCUCCCGAGUCCAAAGUUGAUGAUGGUGAUGUUGUGGGGUUGGCAGCCAUCAUGUGAUAUUGUUUUGAGCUCAUGGAAGGUUUUGUGUACAGGAAUGAGCUCAUUGAGAAGAUUUUGGUUUUCAUUAUUUACUAACAAAGGGUGCGAAAGCAUUUCCUCCCCUGCCCUGCCUAAUUAACAAGGAAAUCGGGUGAGUACAGAGAUUUUAUGUCCUUCAUUUGAAUCGCUUUACUGUAUCCACGUUGUCCUUCAUUUGUAGUAUAUAUAGCUCUCAGCAUAGCAGAAUCACACCUGGCAGUUCAGACUUGUGUAUUUAAUUGUUGCCAGAAUCCAAAGCUGCCAUUAAUUAUUUUCUUAUUCCUCACUUUGUAGCAUAAAUUUGAAGAAUUAGAAACACACUUCUACUCUUCACAUGUAAAUGUGUUUUGUUGUGGGGCUAAUAUCCACUACAUGGAUUGUUGAGGAGA